GCACGCCCUCGUCAUCUACUUCUCCUUUUUCCUCUUAUGCCACCGCAUACCCUCUCUCAGUCUAUCUGCUGCGUUCUUUUGGAUUUGGAGUGGAAAUGGCUCUAUAUUUGAGUACCGUGUGUUCCAGCCCCUCAAGACUAUGCACAUCCCAUGCAGUUCCACCCAGAGCCAUAGCUUCAGGAAGCAGUCUUGCAUUGAGAAGUGAGGAAGAGCAGAAGGUAAAGCUUGGUGGGUCCGGAUUGAUGGUCACCAAGCUUGGAAUUGGGGCCUGGUCUUGGGGUGACACCAGCUACUGGAACAAUUUUGAAUGGGAUGAUAGAAAAAUGAAGGCUGCAAAAAGUGCAUUUGAUGCUAGCCUCGAUUGUGGAAUUACACUCUUUGAUACAGCCGAGGUUUACGGAUCAAGGUUCUCAUUGGGCGCAAUGAAUUCUGAAACUCUACUUGGGAGAUUUAUGAAGGAAAGAAAAGAGAGGAGUCCAGAUGUGGAGGUGGCUGUCGCAACCAAGUUUGCAGCAUUGCCAUGGAGGCUUGGCCGUCAAAGUGUCCUUGCAGCCCUCAAGGCUUCCUUGGCUCGCCUUGGACUCUCUUCAGUUGAACUCUAUCAGCUCCAUUGGCCUGGAAUAUGGGGAAAUGAAGGAUCUUCGAACCAAACAACCUGUUAAGGUAAUCUUGCAAAUCCCUACUCUGAUGUUACCAUACAGGAGGUUAACCUACCCAAGGUAAGCUUUCAUUUGUAUGGACCAAACACCCUUAGAAGCUAAUAAUCUAUUAUGCUCCAAAGUAGAAAGAAACCAUUUUCCAAUUCUUUUCAGGUUAUAUUGAUGGUUUAGGAGAUGCAGUGGAACAAGGCCUUGUUAAAGCUGUCGGAGUAUCUAACUACAGUGAAAAGCGCCUUCGAAAUGCAUACAUGCAGCUUAAGAGAAGGGGUAUACCCCUAGCGUCAAACCAAGUGAAUUACAGCCUGAUAUACAGAUUACCAGAGGAGAAUGGUGUGAAAGCUGCCUGUGAUGAACUAGGAGUCACUUUAAUUGCAUACUCACCCAUUGCUCAAGGUGUUCUUACUGGAAAGUAUAGUCCAGAAAAUCCGCCAACAGGUCCUCGCGGACAGAUUUAUACUCCCAAGUUUUUAACCCAAUUGCAACCAUUGAUAACCCGAAUAAAGGAGAUAGGAGGAAGCUACAAACGAACUCCAACGCAGGUGGUGCUGAACUGGUUAAUUUGCCAGGAUAAUGUGAUCCCCAUCCCGGGUGCCAAAAAUGCGGAGCAGGCUAAAGAAUUUGCUGGCGCACUAAGCUGGAGAUUGACUAAGGAAGAAGUGGAGGAGCUUCGAUCUUUGGCAUCUCAUAUCAAGCCUGUUAUGGGGUUUCCUGUUGAAAAGCUAUAAGAAAGUUCUCACCACUGAUCACUCAUUCAGAUUUCUACUACUACAACUAAAUGAUGUCAUUUUCAAAUGAUUAUUUUUUGUUUAUUUUUUGGUGCAACCCCUUCAAAAAUGUAUUUUCAUGGCACCAUAUGUUAUGGUAAUUAUUGGAAGUGUAUCUGUCACUUUACCUGGCGAAUUGGGAUCAGGACAUAAGGCACAACUCUACAAGGCUAUAGAGUGUAUAGAUUCCUUGCAACCUUGUGUUAUUGUUUCCUCCAUUAGCAGCUAUUGUGUAUGUCUAUGAUAGUGAGUUUAGAACUAUAGAUUCC